AUGUCUGUCGUAGCAAAGUCCGAGCCAGCCUCAAUUCAAAAGAAACCCAUCAGUUAUGUCAACCUUCUUUUGGGAGGCGCCAUUCAGACCUUCGAGGUAUCAACGCUUGGACAGCCCUUUGAGGUCGUUAAGACACACAUGGCAGCCAACAGGAACGACUCGCUGGUAACAGCCGUCAAAAAAACGUACCAACGUGGAGGUAUUGCGGGAUUCUAUCAAGGGUUGAUUCCCUGGGCGUGGAUUGAAGCUUCGACGAAGGGAGCUAUCCUUUUGUUUGCCGCGUCCGAAAUCGAGUAUCAUGCAAGGACCAAAUUGGGGCUCUCUGGUCCAACCGCCGGAAUAUUGUCCGGAAUGGGAGGAGGCGUUGCGCAGGCGUAUACUACCAUGGGAUUCUGUACAUUUAUGAAGACAGUAGAGGUUACUCGCCACAAGAAUCCGGGAGCGGCUGUCUCUACCUGGAAGGUUGCAGGAGAUAUUUUAAAGACCGAGGGUAUCAGGGGAUUGAACAAAGGCGUGUCAGCUGUAGCUUUGCGACAAAUGACGAACUGGGGCAGUAGAAUCGGAAUUGCGCGUAUCACCGAAUCUAGCAUCCGCUAUUUCCGACCUGAGGGAGAGAAAGCCAACCCUCUCACUGUGUCUGAGCGACUCUUUGCUUCAGUAGUCGGUGGUGCCCUUGCAUGCUGGAACCAACCUAUUGAAGUGAUUCGUGUCGAAAUGCAGUCUCAAGUGAAAGACCCCAAUAGACCUGCCAAGAUGACUCUGUUGAACACGGCCAAGUGGAUUUGGCAAAGGAAUGGGUUCCUCGGCUUCUACCGUGGAGUAACUCCUCGUAUUGGCUUGGGUGUCUAUUUGACGGUGUGCAUGGUAUUUGGUGGAGAUAGCUUAAAAGCCUGGGUAGCGCAAAAACAGGCAAACAGGCUCGUUUCAUCAACUGCCUCCCCAGCGCCCCUCUCCGCAUCCACGUCAACCGGGGCUAAACCCGAAUGCAAACCUUGUUGUGCUUGCCCGGACACGCGGAAAGCGCGAGACGAAUGUGUAUUUGAGCACGGAGAAGAAAAAUGUGCAGAUCUAAUCAAGGCGCAUCAGGAUUGCAUGCGGGCGCAAGGUUUUAACAUUUGA